AUGACAAGUAAUCUCAAUGCAAACUCAACUACAACAAUUGCAUCACCGAACUGUCCGCCACCACCGCCUUCCGUGUGCUCACCGAAUCAAGUGGAAUCACCAGAAGAUAUACCGGUUCCCGACCCGUCACAAACUGCCAUCGCUAAUAAUAGUAAUAUUGAGCAGCAGCAGUACAAUAACACUGCCAAACAACACUUUUGA